GUGAAUGAAGCAGAAGUGUACAGGUUGAAGAGAGAGAGAGAAAGAGAGAGAGAGAGAGAGAGAGGCUGUUGUCUUACCAUCUGAGGAAUCAAAGAAUCUUUUUUUGAGGAAGAGCAAGAGGGAGGAGGAGAAAGUGCUUCUGGGUUUUGCUUAGAUUUCUUCAUUCUCUUCAGUUUUCCUUGCAUGAGCUUCCAAGGAUCAUCUUCUGGAUUUUUGAUUUGAGAGAAAAUUGGACAUGAGUAUGCUUGUUGGGACAUGCUUGAGCCAAGGGAAGCUGAUAUACCUGUCCUAUUUCUGGUCUUGGUUGUGCUUCCUCUGGUUGCUUACUUCUUGCUUGGGAAAUGGAGUGAGGCUGCAAAGAAACAAGAGAGGAUAAGUUUGCUUGCUCAGCUGGCUGCUGAAGAAGCUUGUAGAGCAGAAGCGAUGGCAGCUGCAAGUGUUAUUCCAUUAGUGCCUUCAGUAAAGAAUGGACUCCAUGUCUGUGCCAGGUGCUCUGGUCCAGCUACAACCCGCUGCUCCAGAUGCAAGGCUGUUAGAUAUUGUUCUGGAAGGUGCCAAAUUAUUCAUUGGAGGCAAAUUCAUAAGGAAGAGUGCCUACAAAUGGAGACUUCUGGCUCAAGUGCUUCUCCUAAAUUUGCACCAUUUGAAGACUCUGUACUACUUGGUGACAGCAUGAACGAGCAGUUUUUUGGGUACCUUAAUAAGCAUGCUGUUGUGGGUAAAGAACCUUCAGAUGAUCUAAUACAUUCUUCAAUAAAUAUUGGUGCCUUGUCUUCUGUGAAUUGCUCCCAGGUUGAUUACUCCAAAAGCUCUUUGGGGGAGAGCAGAAUUUCAGAUAAGAAAGUUUCCUGGAAGUCCAACAAAGAAAUAUCACGAAGAGAGGAUACAGCUGGUUUUGAUUCUUGUGAUUAUGCCACAAGGAGAAGGGCUACCAAUUUAUCAUCUGCUAAUAGUAGUACUUCACAAGAUGCUUUUAUAAGGCACAAGUUGAGAAGUAAUGAUUCUACUUUAUCAGAAGAAAUUUCAAAACAGCGGAAUGCUGAUGGCACUAAUGUGCAUCUUUAUGGAGAUAGUGAAAGGAGUACCAUGAAUGAGAAUCAUACGUAUCAGGCCCAACAUGGGGACCUGCCAGAACCAAGAAGCAAUGGUGAAUGUUCAAGCUCGUCAUAUUUGGAAAAACCAGGGGCAACUGGGCAUGAAACUGAAAACAAUGUUGUUUUGAACAAAGGAAAUUUAGUUCACAAUACUUUUCAUGAUGAAACAGUGGACUUGAACCAUUCUGAGUUGACAAGAUCAAAGGGAGGCACAAGUAAGGGUUCACUGCCUGCUGGAACCAAAACCUCUAAAUUACCAAAAUCACCAAUCAAAAUAUGCAGAGAACAACCAUGCUCUGAAAUAGGGGGGAAGGAGCAGGUUGGAGAUGAAUCAAAGAUUUCUAGAAUGCAAGGUGGCAUCCCAGUGCAAGUGAGCAAUGGGGUUGGUAAGAUGGAUAUCAUGAAGAUGAUGGGUUUGAGGAAGUCAACAAAACUUUCCAGGCAGGAUGCCCCUGAAUUCUUUGGCAAUAAACCAAAGAAAAUGAAGAUGUUGUUUCCCUAUGAAGAGUUUGUGAAAUUAUUUCAGUAUGAAGUCUUUGGUUUAUCUCCAAGGGGACUUCUAAACUGUGGGAACAGUUGCUAUGCUAAUGCUGUCCUUCAGUGUUUAACCGGCACGAGGCCCCUGAUCAUCUAUUUGCUGCGUAAAAUACAUUCAAGAGCCUGCUAUGGUAAAGAUUGGUGUCUCAUGUGUGAGCUUGAGCAACAUGUGAUGAUGUUAAGAGAAAGUGGUGGAGCCGUGUCCCCUAGCAGAAUUCUUUUGCAUAUGCGUAGUAUUAAUUACCAGAUUGGUGAUGGAAGUCAAGAAGAUGCACAUGAAUUUUUAAGACUUCUGGUUGCAUCAAUGCAAUCAAUAUGCUUGGAGGGGCUAGGAGGUGAGGAAAAGGUGGACUCCAGAUUGCAAGAAACAACUUUUAUACAGCAUACUUUUGGAGGCCGCCUUAGGUCAAAGGUCAAGUGUCUUAGGUGUUAUCAUGAGUCAGAGCGAUAUGAGAACAUAAUGGAUCUCACAUUAGAGAUAUAUGGGCGGGUUGAGUCAUUGGAAGAUGCACUAACUCAGUUCACCAAUCCUGAAGAUUUGGAUGGAGAAAACAUGUAUAGAUGUGGAAGGUGUGCUGCAUAUGUUCGAGCUAGGAAGCAAUUGAGCAUUCAUGAGGCUCCAAACAUCCUGACUAUAGUCUUGAAGAGAUUCCAGGAGGGAAGAUACGGGAAAAUUAACAAAUGCAUAAGCUUCCCUGAAUUGCUGGAUAUGGUUCCCUUUAUGACUGGAACGGUUGACAUCCCUCCGCUUUACCUGCUCUAUGCUGUUGUGGUGCAUUUGGAUACGCUCAACGCAUCUUUUUCUGGACAUUAUGUGUCAUAUGUGAAGGAUCUGCAAGACAAUUGGUUUAGGAUAGAUGAUACUGAGGUUCACCCUGUCUCCAUCAGUCAGGUGAUGUCAGAAGGAGCAUAUAUCUUAUUUUACACAAGAUCAUCUCCUCGGCCACAAAGAGCAUUAACUGAGAAGGCUUGGCGGAAGCAAGCUUCAGUCCUUGCUCGGCACUCCACUUCAAAAUCUGAAAAGCCUUCUUGUGCUGUGCAAAGCGAAUCCAAUGGUCACUUUGUUGUCUCAGAGCCUUAUUCGGAUCUCAGACCAGAAGUUGCUAAUGGCUUUACCAACCAAAUGUCAAAUGGUAUUCUUAGGCGGAGUGCAAACAUGAUGGAGACUUAUCAGGAGCCAGCUGGUGUGGAGUUCUCAGAUGCAACAUCUAGUGAUUGGUCACUUUUUACAAGCUCAGACGAGGCUUCUUUCACAACUGAGAGUACUAGAGACUCAUUUAGUACCGUGGAUUAUGCGGAUAUGAGCAAUGCGGAUCCAUUCUCAAUCUUCAACAACUUAUAUGCUCCAGAAUCCUCCUCAUGCAACACAGUUUCCUGUAGGUUAUUCUCAAAUACCACUGCACAGACUAGAUACAUUCUAGAAGAGAAGGGCUACGUUGUUGAAUCCUACGUGUCACCCCAACCUGUAAAUGGAGCAUUGACAGCAAGGAACUUGAAACGGGUCAGUGGAUCUUCCGGUGAAUUUCAUUCUGACAGUAACCAUGGCAUGUUUGUACAAUAUGGGAGUAACCCAAAAUACCCUCUCAAUCAAACUUCUGGCCAUUGUAAACCCUAGUUCAUGGCAACCUUAACUGAUUUUAUUAGUUGUUUAGCCGGUUAGAAGUGAUGCCUCAAUUUUUGUUUUCAAUGCUUUCUAAUUGAGGCAUGUGGAUCAUUUGAGAACAUCCAAGGAAAGGAUAUUCUUCUUUGAAAAUUGUAUAGUGCCAGCGUUUCCCUUGGGCGGCGGCUGUUACAUUUUAAUUUUUAAGGGUUUAUUUAUUUAUUUUUUCUUCAGCAAUAGAAUUCAUGUUUGCUU